AUGACUCAUCUUGUUCGUGUAUUCUUUUUCCUCAUCACUUUAUCUAUCUUUGCUAUCCAUGCUACGCGUGGUUCAUCAUCGACUGAAACUACUAUCGUCAAUGAUUUUAAUUACAACUCGCUACUCGCAAACGAUUUUCACGAACCUGGUCCCGAAUCCGAAGACGUUCAAUCUUAUUUUGACGCAGAUGCUAAUUCGGACGGAGCACUUGAAGGUCAACUUAAUCCUGUAGAGUUCAAACCUCAUCUCGAUCGUCUCGUAGAAACCUCUGACUUUUUCGGUUUAAACGAGGAGGGUCAUAAAAAGUACAAGGUGCUAAUGCUUUUCAAAGAAAAAGGAAUUAGCUAUAUAUUUAAGGUAAUUGUUUUCCCAUCAAAGAAAGGUGAUGAAGUGAAAGUUUAUGACGUGUAUAUAGAUCCCUUGAAAUUGAAAUGUAAAGGGAAGUAUUACAAGAUUGUGGUGGUUCCUCGGAGUAGGCCUGAAGCGUGGAAGGAAAUUAAACUGUGCAUUCCACAUAUUCAUUAA